AUGAAGUGGAAGCUGCUUGAGAACGUCCCAGUGGAAUCAUGCUGGGAUUUAGUCACUUUUAGAGGCCAAUUUUAUGCAUCCUUUUGUAACGGAUCAAUUGUGGUUAUCGAUCCUUUUUCUUUGGACGUGACUCUCACGAUUCCGUCGUCGCUGCCUUCGGUGCUAAUAAACUGGCUUGUCCCAUGUGGCAAUGAUGAACUUUUCCUGGUUGAAAUAAUUGGCCCUCCUACUUUUGAAUUCGAAGAUUUUAGUCAGUUACCAUGCAGAGUGAGUAGGCUAGAUGAGGAGGCUGGUAAAUGGGUCGUGGUCGCCCAUGUAGGAGACCGUGUCUUGUUUAUUCAUUAUGGAGACAUGGGAAAUGUAUGCUGCUCGGCUAAAGAGCUUCCUGAUGGUUGUGGUGUGACCGGGAACUCAAUUGUGAUCACGGAUGAGCCAGGCCGUGUAACUUACUUAUAUAAAUAUGGAGUAGAUACAGGAAACGCAGAAGACGACCUCAGUUUUUGGAGAUCCCCAAGAGAUACUUGUGUGAGGACCAUCAGCAGAUCUCCCAUGUAUUAUCAUCUCAGGGUAACUUUGGAGACCUAA